AUGCUACCAAUUUGUAAGGCGAAGCCGUACGAAGAAGCUCUUGGGCAUGCUAUUCUUAUUCUUCAUCAUCGUAACUCUAAGAUAUGCUGUGCAAGCGGAAACAAGCAGGAGGUGAAGCCCUCGCCAGCCGCCCCCGAUGGCCUCGAGCCACCCCUCCUUCAAUCCACAUCAAGAGAAUACAUCCACUUGCACCCCCAGCAAGCCGGCCCUUCUGCGCGGCAAAACACACCUGCUGGUCUUCACCCCUCUGUCCUGUCUUCGCCGCUACUUCCCCCUCUCAUCGCUUUAUCAACCGUCAUCGGUUCGGACCUCCACGGCGCCGUGAACAUGCCCAGGCGUCGUCGAGGCACGACUGACCAGUUAUCCCCCUUCGCUACGGACAGCGAGUCCGAUCGAGGAUAUGAGACGGAGCUGACGGAGCCCGAUUCGGACGCACCUUGCGACAGACGGAAGGGCAAACGCAGGCGUCGACGAUUGCGCUACAAGCCCAACACACCGGUCCCCAAGGGCGCAGCUGCCUCUGCUACCGACGACUCAGACGAUGAUACAGACCCCGAGGAUGAUACGGACGACGAGAUAUUGUCAGGGGAUGAGGAUGACGACUACGCCUUUGGCACCAGGGUCAAUAUCGCUCGGUUAGAGGAUCACUGGCAGCGGAAGAAGGCGAAAACCUCCGCGGACCCCAAGUGGUGGGAUCCGGUCGACGCUCUCCGCGCCACAGGGCGACGCAAUCUGUACCUGUUCCUCAACUGGCGUUUCAAACUGAAAUUUGGGAAGGGCGGCCGACGACUGAAGGGGACGAAGAAGUCGAGCUCCCUGGAUCUCGACUGGAAGAACUUCAUGCGCUACUACGAGGGUGCCACUGGCACCAAGCUCAAUGGACGGCUGAUGCGGCUGAUGCGGAAGAGCCUUCGACGGCUGGCCAAGAAACACGGGCUGGAUACGCAGGAGAAAGAGAAGGACCCGGUGUACGUCGAGGACAUGGCUACGCUUCAGGAGACCGUCCUGCGGACGCAGGAGAAGAGAUUCUGGCUUGGGCUGCAGCGGAUGCAGAUCUGCCUCUACAACCUGCUCGGCCUCUUCACAAUCAACCGGAAGAGCGCCAUCCUAGCUCUGCGAUUCAAGGACCUGCGGGUGUCGCUCCAGCGCGACCCCAGCGGGGGGCCCCACCUUCCGACGGUGGAAUUGAGCUACGAGUUUACGAAGAAGCACCUCGGCCUCACACAGACGAACACGUUCAUCCUGCCGGAGAUCAUCUACGAGCCGUCUCUGAUCCUCAGUCCGCAUGUCUUUCUCUUCGGCAUCCUGUUCUUCUUCGAUGCGUUCAGUGCUCCCAGUCUAACCUCAAUGGCCAAGCUCAGGGGACUGAAGAUCGAGGGCGGCCGACAGCAGCUGCCGAUCCCACUGAAGCCAGAGAUGGCCAAUCACUAUGUCUUCUGUAGAGUGGCGAAGGAGGACGGCGAGGUCCGCAUCUUCCCUGAAGAAACGAUGGACCCUUCGUCCUCCGUCAGGGUGAUGGCCGAGAUCGCGGGUUUUCUGCACGCCUGGUUCAACCAUCGCUUCCGGUAUGGUGGGGGUCUGAUCCUCAACAAGAGUGGAUUGGUCGGCGAUGCCGAGCAGAAUCUAGUCAUGAAGCAUGCUAGCAUCCGCACGUUCCUGGAACACUAUAUUCCACGCAAGGUGGGCCUCAAUAUGCAGGCACUGAUCAGCGGCUUGGACCCCAAUUCCCCUCUGAUACGAGCAAUCAUGCGGAUCGGCAGCCUCCUCGACGAACGACGUCCACGGCAUCUGACGGAUGCGCAGAAGGCGAUCGUCGAGCAGGACCCAGAGCUGCAGGAAGCCAUCCAAAAAAGGGACCAGGCCAAACGGCGUGCCGUGCAGACCAACGAUCCCGAGUUAAUCGAGAAGCAUAAGAGGCGAUCGGCCGAUGUCAAGAAGACAAGAAAGCGGCUUCUCUAUAAGUACCGGAAACAGGUCCGGGCGGAGUUCGACGAUAAGCAAGCCGUGAUCGACAUCGAACGGCAGCUCUCCGGCGAGGCGGUGGACGAGGAGGCAAAGGAGAUGCUACGGGACGAACAGUUGCUCCCGGAGAUGAUCUAUCUUUUUUCAAAGCUCCUGACAUGGCCGACAUCCAGAUCGGUGGAGGGGGAGUUGCGGCGACGGGAUGCCGGUGUUGAUGGCGUUCAGAUGUACUGUGGUGUCUUCGAGGGUGGGCCGCGCCGGGGACGGAGACCAAAGGCCCCCCACCCGCCGCCGCAGACACCCGAUGGCACGGACAAUAGGAACGAUGCUCACGGCGAGGUUACCUCUGCUGGGGGGUGGGAUGAUGCCCUCCGCGCCGCCGAGGAGCAUAUCCGCGACGCGAAGAAGCCUCGGGGGUGUUUUGAGUGUUACGCGCACCCCCGGUCGUCGGAUCACCGGCGCAUUCAUCGAUACUCGCGGCCGGCGGACCUGGGCCGCCAUUUCCGGGAUGAUCACCUCCGGCAUCUCAAGGACGGGGAGCCGGCGUGGUGCAGCUGGUGCCAGAUCAAACUGGAACACAAGAUGCAUGUGCAGAGCCAUGCGAAGAUGGUCCACCGAGUGCAUACAUAG